UUCACAGCGGACACCACAUUUGCUGGCGUGCGUAGCUCCGCCUAACGUUUUUCGCGGGUCGAAAUCUGGCUUCGACAAGCCCGUUCAGGAAAGGGUGUACUAGCUGAUGGAUUGUCCUGCCAAUCAUAGAUACAGGUAUCACAAUUAUGCCCCUUCUCCAAGGUUUCUUGGAAAAGAGUGGAAAGGGCAAAAUCAUGAGGCACGUUUACCUGGAGGACACCGGGGAAGGCAUCAGCGUGGCCGAAGAGGAGCAGGAAACAUGGCAAAACCAAUGAAUAGAGAGGACUUGUACCAAUCUUAUCCAUCUCAUGCACUUCUAAGAGGACGUGUAAAUUCACAACAACAGAAAAAUUCUCCACCUUCAUGGCACCCAGGUAGAUCAAUGAAUUAUGGCCCACCUGACUCACCAGCCACUUUUUACCAUCAAAGGAGCACCAGGGUGCAUUCUAGAGGAGGUGGACACAGCCAUCCACCUAAGGUGCACCCCAAGAGUUUCAGACCAGCCUGUGCAAGCUCCAAAGGUGCAUCUGUUUCAAAUGAAAAUGAAUUGUCAUCAACCACAGAAAGUCAACAAGUGGACAAAAAUGUAACAGUCAGUGUUAAAAGUUCUUCAAGCCUGGCUAAACUGACGAACAACAGAGCACAAGCACAAAAGGAUGGACAAACCACAUCAACAAGUACCAGUGAUAAUCCACCAUUGGAGAAGAAAUCUGAAAACAAGAAUCCAUCGAUCAACAAAGUUGCACCAUUUAUUCACAAACCAUCACCUAACUCUUCUAAAUUCAUUGAUGGCACAAAUUCAUCCUCAUUGACUCUUAAUAACCCUACCUCUGAAACAGCCUCAGAAGUAAAACAUGAAGAUCAAGUAAAACUGCAUUGUGGCACAGAAGUGCCUCCUAUGAAUGUGACAGUUUCCAGUGUGUCUCAGAUUAUGACCAGUACUCCACCAUGUCUUGCUUCUCAGGAUGGCAUGAUGACCGUCUUUGCACCAACUUCUGAUGGUCAAAUGAAACCAAUCAUUAGGACAAUUUGUAGCUGUCAAUUAAAGAAGAGAUCUUUGAAAUAUGCAGACAAAGGAAAAACAAAAAAUGACUCCAUUAUCAUAGACUCUGAUGAAGAAGGGGAUAACAAAAGCAAAGCAGCAAGUGGCUCUGUUAAUGAGCAAGAUGUAAGAGUACCACCAGAAAGCUGCCCCCUUAUGAAGGACGCAUCAAGUGAAAUGGAUCAACUGAGUUGUCAAGAUACACCAAAAAAACGUGCCAAAAUGAGUACAGAUUGUGCUUCAGUAAACAAUUUGUCUCUGCACAAUCAGUCAGCAUCUUUGGUCAGUACCCAAUCAUCAAGUUCUGGCUGUCCAGUAACAGAGUCCAUAUCAGAAACAGCAUCUAGGGUAGGGGACAGUAUACAGAGAAUGAAUAAUGGGGCUGCAAGAGUACCUCCAGAAAGCUGCCCCCAUAUGAAGGACUCAACAAGUGAAGUGGAUCAACCAAGUUGUCAAGAUUCAACAAGAAAACGAGCAAAAAUGAGUACAGAUAGUGCUUCGGGAGAUAGUUUGUCUCUGCACAAUCAGUCUGCACCUGUGGUCAGUACCCAAGCAUCAAGUCCUAGCUGUCCAGCAAAAGAGUCCAUAACAGAAACAGUAUCCAGGGUAAUUGACAGUUUAGGGCAUAGUCUGGGUGAUGUCUGUAGCAGCAGUACCUCAUCAGACUCACUAUCUCUAGUUACUGCAAACUUAACAGAUAACGGUCAGCUUCUAGGUGAUCCGCAGAUCUUACGGGGAAUAUUGAGUGUAUGUAAAGAAACGGCAAGACCACUGAAGAAGUUCAAGUCGUCUCCAAGAAAUUUGUACACCGCAGCGAAAGACUGUAAUAUCCAAAAAGUUAUUGCUCUCUUGGUCGCGGGGUGUGAUCCUAACCAACAACUGAUGAAAGCCAAAGGAAAGACAGCGUUGCAUGCAGCUGCUGCGGGAGGUUACGUCGACAUAAUUGCUUGCCUGAGACUGGCGGGAUGCGACUUAAAUCUUGUAGACUAUGAAAAUAGAACCCCAAUUUUUGAUGCUGUUAGUAACCACAAAGUGAAAGCCAUCGAAUACCUUAUUGAUUGCGGUGCAGUCUUAGGAACCAAGGAUACUAAAGGUAUGACAUGUCUUCAUUUGGCUGCCCGACAGGGGCACCCGGACCUGAUAAAAUUACUACUCAAUACAGGAAAAUUUGAUAUGAACGAAAAGGAUGACGGAGGAUGGACUCCUAUUAUGUGGGCAGCUGAAGACAAACAUCGUGAUGCUACUCAGCUUUUGAUUGAACAGGGCGCUAAUGUCCACAUUAGAGAUGAAGAGCUUAACACUCCCCUUCAUUGGGCAGCGUUGUCCGGAAAUCUCGAAGUGUGCAGACUUCUUUUAGAGGCUCAUGCCGAUAUAAACAGUUUGAAUAUAUUCAAGGAGACAUCUCUACAUAUUGCUGCGAGAGAAGAUUGCUACAACUGUGUGCAGUUGUUAGUCAGUCGGGGAGCAAACAUUUACAUCAAGAACAAAGACGGCCAGACACCUCUCACGGUUGCCAAACCUGAUACGAAAAGUAAAAACUUGUUGCAUUCAAAAGUCGAGUUGGAAUCAUGUCAGGAAUUUAUAAGACCGCGGAUCCUUCACAGUGAUAUUUCCCGUGGGCAAGAAAAUGUUUCAAUAUCUUGUAUUAACGAGGUUGACGACGUACCAUUUCCGGACUUCACAUUUGUCAAAGAAUCCUUUGAAAUUUACAACGGGACGAUAAACUGGAGUAUUUCAAAAUUUGAGGGAUGUGCUUGUGACGGUGACUGUCGCAGUGGAAGAGCGUGUAGGUGCUCUGAGAGGAGCGAACGGCAGAGAAUAUGGUACAACGAGGAAGGUUUGUUAAAAGGCGACCUGCAGAAGUACGACAGGCCACUCGUGUUUGAGUGUAACAGAAUGUGCAAUUGCUGGUCGUACUGUAGAAACAGAGUGGUACAGAAAGGAAUGCAGUAUCCAUUACAACUGUACAGAACAUACAGAAAAGGUUGGGGUGUCAGAAGCCUUGCCGAAAUUCCGCAGGGAAGUUUUGUUUGUGAAUACACUGGUGAAUUAAUUUCUGACACUGAGGCGGAUGCGCGAGAUGAUGACGACUAUCUUUUUGACUUAGAUUGUAAGGAGAAUGCUCACGAAUUGUUUUGCAUUGAUGCUAAGCAUUAUGGUAAUAUCAGCAGAUUUAUCAAUCACUCGUGCGAACCAAACGUCUUCCCGAUACGAGUUUUCAUUCAUCAUCGGGACGUUAGAUUUCCAAGGAUUGCCUUUUUCGCAACAAAAGAAAUUAAUGUACACGACGAGAUAUGCUUUAACUACGGGGAUAGAUUCUGGUCGGUAAAACGGAAAGAGUUUUUCUGUGAAUGCGACACUCCAAGCUGCAAGUAUCGCGAUCGUAACAGAUAACCUUUCUUGUUCUCUGAACACAAUUCUUUUUUGCCAUCUUCCUUAUGUUGUCUUCAUCAUAAUGAUACAAUCCGUUUCAUUUUCGUUUUAAAAAAUAACGUUUCAGGCUCUGCAUUAUUUUUAUAUGUCAAUACUGUGCUUCCAGAUUGUAAGGUUUGCUUUUUAUGCCAUGUUACCAAGCAACCGCUCGGAUAUUUUUUAGAAAACCUUGGAUUUUAAAUGUUUGAAGUGUUUAGUAGUUUUUAAAUCUUGUAAGGGCAACCUCUAUUAGUUCUUUUACCUCUAAGCUCUGAAUAUCGAUUCUCUGCCAUGUCAGCCAUGUAUUUCUUAAUAUUUAAGAUCUAAUAAUUUGUUGUUCAAUCGAACAGCACUCCUAGGUUUUUUCUUUUCGUCACCCUUCCACUUGAAAAUAUAUCGAUAUUUUUAUGGAUCAAUACCUUUUUGUCUAUUUGGUCAGCGGCUCUCUUGUACGUGGAAAACUUCCUCAUUCAUAUGGGUUUUUGUGACUUAAAGCAAAAUUGAAAGCAUUAAUACAAAAUGUACAUCAGUACAUUUAAAGUACGUAUUAAUUUGAAAUGUUUUUAAGUCACUGUUUUUUAACCAAGCCAUCUUUUUUUUUUUUAGUAUUUCAUUAAUCGGAUCAGAUAUAUUAACCAUUAGUCUUAGCGGUAAUUCAUCGUGAACAAAAUGUAACAUUAAGAUUUGACAUGUAAAAAGUUGCCAGCCGUACUGUGAUUUAGCAUUAUAUUACAAAACUUACCCGUAAGGCGAGUGAAAGGUUUGAUUUUGGGAUUUAAUACAUUAAGUUUCUAUAUAUAUUUAUAACAACGACUAUGCCUGAUAACAUUCAACAUUCCAAGAGAGUUGAUAACUUUUAUCCAUCUACAAUCUAUAUAUUUUAUUGGCUUAUCUGUGUUGCUAGGAUCCCUUAUCAUUUAUUUUGCAUCCAGUACUUUUGUGUCUCCGUUGUGUUCCUUGAUGCGGGUUCGAGUGGUAUUGGCAUAAGGCAACUUAAUAACCUCAUCCUAACUUGUAUUGGAAAGAUUGGAAAGGUUACCGAAACAGUACGAUAUGCGAGAAACUGCAUGCACAACUAAACUUUAUAAUCAUGUGGAACGUUGUGACAGUUUUUUCGGUCUGGAUUUCUACUUUCUUUUGUGGAAUACGUCCACCUUUCUUUAGCUCUAUCUUAAGAAUAUUCAAGGUAUAGAGUGUUUUGCCUUUUACGUGGGCGUAAUCUGAA